CCGCUGCGCUCCACCUGGCUGCCUCUGUCAGUCCCUUACCUGCAAAGCCAGCGCUGACCAUGGCUCCUUGGCCUGAGUUGGAAAAUGCCCAGCCCAACCCCAAUAAGUACAUCGAAGGGGCCUCAACUCAUCAGUCCAAAGGCAAGGACACGGGCAAAAAUGAUGGCACAGGUCCUGCACCCAAGAUUGAACUUCUGCCCUCGUACUCCACUGCCACUCUGAUAGAGGAGCCCACCGAGGUGGAAGACCCCUGGGAUCUACCCGCACUCCAGGACACUGGGAUCAAGUGGUCAGAGAGAGACACCAAAGGGAAGAUCCUUUGCGUCUUCCAAGGGAUUGGGAAAUUCGUUUUGCUCCUGGGAUUCCUCUACUUGUUUGUGUGCUCCUUGGAUGUCCUCAGCAGCGCCUUCCAGCUGGUUGGAGGAAAAGUGGCCGGGCAGUUCUUCAACAACAACUCUAUCAUGUCCAACCCUCUGGCGGGGCUGAUGAUCGGGGUGCUUGUGACCGUCAUGGUGCAGAGUUCCAGCACUUCCUCCUCCAUCAUCGUCAGCAUGGUGGCCUCCUCACUGCUGACCGUGCGGGCGGCCAUCCCCAUCAUCAUGGGGGCCAACAUCGGGACCUCCAUUACCAACACCAUCGUGGCGCUCAUGCAGGCCGGAGACCGCAGUGAGUUCAGGAGGGCUUUUGCAGGGGCCACGGUCCACGACUUCUUCAACUGGCUGUCCGUACUCGUGCUUUUGCCCCUGGAGGCUGCCACCCACUACCUGGAGAUUCUGACCAACCUGGUGGUGGACACCUUCCACUUCAAGAAUGGAGAAGAUGCCCCGGCACUUCUGAAAGUCAUCACAGAUCCCUUCACCAAGCUCAUUAUUCAGCUGGACAAAAAUGUCAUCCACCAAAUUGCAAUGAAUAACGAAUUGGCCCAAAACAAGAGUCUGGUCAAGAUUUGGUGCAAAACUUCUACAAACACGACUCAGAUGAAUGUCACCGUCCCCUCUCCUGCGAACUGCACUUCCCCUUCGCUCUGUUGGACGGAUGGCAUCUACACCUGGACCAUCAAGAAUGUGACCUACAAGGAGAACAUUGCCAAGUGCCAGCACAUCUUUGUGAAUUUCAACCUCCCGGAUCUCGCCGUGGGCAUCAUCCUGCUGAUUGUCUCCCUGCUGUUCCUCUGCGGCUGCCUGAUCAUGAUCGUCAAGCUCCUGGGCUCCGUGCUCAAGGGGCGGGUUGCAGUUGUCAUCAAGAAAACCCUCAACACUGAUUUCCCCUUCCCCUUUGCCUGGGUGACCGGCUACCUGGCCAUCCUUGUGGGGGCGGGCAUGACCUUCAUUGUGCAGAGCAGCUCCGUGUUCACGUCUGCCAUGACCCCGCUGAUUGGUCUCGGGGUGAUAACCAUUGAGAGGGCAUAUCCGCUCACGCUGGGCUCCAACAUCGGCACCACCACCACCGCCAUCCUGGCCGCCUUAGCCAGCCCCGGCAACACUCUCAAGAGUUCCCUCCAGAUCGCCCUGUGCCACUUUUUCUUCAACAUCUCCGGCAUCUUGCUGUGGUACCCGAUCCCGUUCACCCGCCUGCCCAUCCGCCUGGCCAAGGGGCUGGGCAACAUCUCCGCCAAGUACCGCUGGUUUGCCGUGUUCUACCUGAUCUUCUUCUUCUUCCUGACCCCGCUGACGGUGUUCGGCCUCUCGCUGGCUGGCUGGCCGGUGCUGGUGGGCGUGGGGGUACCCAUUGUCCUCCUGCUGCUGCUGGUGGUCUGCCUCCGGCUGCUGCAGUCCCGCUGCCCGCGCGUCCUGCCCACAAAGCUCCGCAACUGGAACUUCCUGCCCUUGUGGAUGCACUCCCUGAAGCCCUGGGACAACCUCAUCUCCCUGGCCACCAGCUGCUUCCAGCAGCGCUGCUGUUGCUGCUGCCGCGUGUGCUGCCGGGUGUGCUGCCUGAUGUGUGGCUGCGGCAAGUGCUGCCGCUGCAGCAAGUGCUGCGAGGACCUGGAUGAGGUGCAGGAGGGGCAGGGUGUCCCCAUCAAGGCCCCCGAGGUCUUUGACAACAUAGCCAUAGGCACAGAGGCCCCGGAUGAGGUCAAGGCCCAGGCAGAUGCCCCAGGCACCAAGGCCAUCUCCAACAGCACGGCCUUCUAGGGUGGCCAGAGGUUGGGGAAGACCUCAGUUCCCACGUGCUCCACCCUUCCUGCUUCUGUGUGCCUUUUGCUCACUCGGGGGGAUUUGCUCCCCACUAGGGAACAGUUGAGGUCACUCCUAGCUCUCCUGCCCCUUCCUUAGGAUGUCAGCUUGCAGGACAGUUUUAGAUCAGCUCCUGUACCUUUGGUCCCUCCUCCCAGAAGGCACAGGGCAACAGUGAAGGAGACGUGUUCGAGGAAGCUGACUAGACGGUGACUGCAGCCACUCCUGCACACAGGUGCAAUGGGAUCUGUUCUUCAGAAAGAAAAGGCCCCCAGGAGUGAUUUAGGGAAGGUUCUCGAAGGUGCCUAUGUGAGGGUGUGUAAUAUACACGUGUACAAAGCUGUCCUCGAUCGAGAUGAAGCCCGGGUACAUCUUUGUUAGCAAAGACCCAUCUUUCUUAGCAAAGAUGCCCAGGAGCUCCUCACAGGCAUCCCUGCCUAGAGCAGCCCUGCAGAGGGCACAGAGCGAUUGUUUGGAGACUUGAAGACCAUGCAUGUGAGCUUCCCGCGUCUCAGUGCUCCCCACCCCCGCCAGGAGUGCUUUACCUGGGCAGGUGUGGAUGGUCCAGGCAGUUUACCUGCAGUGUCCUGGUCAAGUUUCCAGGAUAUGAGCCACACCUGAGCUACAGAGAGAGGGUCAGGAUAUGUUUGGCUCACAGAAAGAGAGGGGGAGAGAGAGAGAGACAGAUUUGGGGAGAUCUUGGUCUGCCAGAUAUCCUCGGGCUAACUAGAAGUCAAACUGAUCAAAGCCAUUGAGGCUGCAUUGAUGCUACUUUCUUGACCAGAUAAAAUUAGUUAGUGUUGGAGCUCUGAAUAGAAGAUGCAAGCCCCCUAAGCUCCCCGCCUCAAGUGCCAGGAGUCGCCUGCUCUUGGGACAGGUCUGUUUGCCUCCACUUCCUCUUUUGUGUAAUGACUUCCUGGGCCAGAGGUCAAUUUCCCUCCACCCUCUCACCCACACGUGCACUCACUGGAGUCUCUUCAAACGUUUUCCUUUGUUUUCCCGCCCUCCUCUCGCCACACCUGCAAAGCCCCAAACUUCUUGGAGGAAGCUGGGUGCAGCUAGACUACCCUGGGGGCUGUGACUGUGUGGCUGAGGGUUACGGGGUGCACUCCAUGUCCCAGGUGCCUUCUCUCUGCCUCCCAGAGCCCCCUGCUUUAUCUCCACCCCUGCCGCUCACCUGGACUGUCAUAAUACUCCCCCAGCAGGUGAGGGCUUCAGCCUCAUCUGGGACUGAGGAGUCUGUGCAGCUGUGCUCCAAGACCCUGUCCUCCCCAUCCCAGCCUCCCCAUCUUGACAGGUUGGGGUACCAAGUUGAGCCCUCUCUGACCUUUCCCCCAUGUAGAUAACGAUUCCCAAAAAGAGCCAUUUAUUCUCUAUAUUUAUAGUCACACAACUGUACAGCAUUUUUCAUAAGUUAUAUAGUGAAUAGUCUAUGAUUUGUGUUUUAUAGUGUCUCAUUUGGAAAUGAGGCAGGAUUCUAAGAUGUAAAGCACAAAAGACCAUCUUUGUAUAUUUUGUGAUUCUGCCUUCAAACCCGCCUCUGUGGCCAUGCCACCACGCACACUGUAAAUAUGUAAGUUAAACCUGGGCAGUGGCCGUGGCUGUCUUUGCACUCUGAUUUUUAAAAAUGGAAUCCUUGUACCUGAGUUGAUUAUAUUUUUCUGUGUUUUUUUUUUACUUACCGGUUAUGGGAGGGGAGAAUUAAAAGAUGAUCAAACCCAGGAGUGUGUUGUUUCAAUCACAAGGAAAUAAGUGCCUCUUGGGUGUUUCCUGAAGCUGGGAGGUGACCUCGUCUAACCCUAACCACCCACCACCAGGGCAGCUGCAUCGUUUGUGGGGCCUCUUGUAAACAUUCAGGGGGAGGACCUAGGGAACACAAAGCUUUCCCUUUGUGGUGUCUUCCUUGAUGUGCAAGGGAGACUGGCUAUGGAGUGACAUGCUAAAACAGACAUUCAGACUUAAGAUGGUAGUAUGAGUGUCACCGUUCGUCAUUGGACUGCAAUGGCAGGUUUAAAUGCAAAUGUAAAGAGCUUUUGUGUGAUCACUGAAGUUGCCUAACUCACGGGGCAAAGGUUCAUGCCUAUGCUCCUUGUGGAGGCUGAGGCUGGAGGAUUGCAAGUUUGAGGAUAGCCUCAGCAACUUAGCGAAACCCUGUUUCAAAAUUUAAAAAAGGUCUGGGGAUGUAACUCUAGAGUGUUUCAGGGUUUGAUCCCCAGUAAAAUAAAAAUAAAAGAAAUUGCAUGACUUGUACUUUAUAGCUUGGCCAUGCAUUUUGUUCCCACCACAAUGGAGGGGAUGCUCUCGAAGCUGGCAUGUGUUGGCUUCACCUCUCCCUGCACACAUCCACCAACACUCUGCCAUUCUGAUGAGUAAGGAACAGUUGAAAGGAACUAGGGACCACUUUUCUAUCAGGUCCUUUGUAGCACAAAUGGUUGGCUAAUGACGGGGCAGGGACAUGAGUGAGAAAGAUGCAAGGUCCCUUGGGUGUGUUUCCUAUGUCACCAGUGUCUUCUUGGCUCAUUUGGAGAGUUCUGCUCUGGAUUAAAGUGUGGCCUUCUCAUGGCCUCAGUCAGUCUCACCGCCCACCACAGUGCCCGCCCACCCCACUGAGUCAAUAGUAUUAAGGAAGAGUAGUGUUUGUCGAUGGGACUCCAACUCGGGCAUUCACACGGGCUCUGCAUUGAGCUACACCCUCAGCCUAGGAGCUGUGUUUACAUAAGAAAAGUGUGUGGGAAGAAUGUAAACCGGGGGGCCCCUCUUUUUAAGCUGGCUGAGGCAUUUGCUUAGGACCGGGUCAGUACUGUAGGGGAGGCUGGACCACUUGGAGACCUGGGGCCACGCCUGACUCUGGCUAACUUUCUCAGUGUCAAUUUCCUCAUCUGGAACAUGGGACUGCGACACUUGGCUUGCUAUGAAUAUUAAAACGAGAAAAAUCAGCCCUCUCUGUCCUAGAGGCAGGGCAAAGCAGGGGCACGGAUUGUUUCUAGGACCGUCACUUCCCCCUUGCAGAUACCAAAAUGCCAGAUGCACACGGUUCCUAUGCAAAGAGCCUAGUGUGUGCAUGAACAAAGGUGGAAAAACAACCCCACCAUUAUGUGUGAUUAUAAUACACCAAUAAAAAUGUGGAAAAACCAGCAAAAAAGUA